GCCGGCAGAAAAGCGGCUUAAAGGCGACGCGUGGCGCGAUGGCGGCGGCCCCACGCGCGUGCCGGCGGCGCGCGCGGCCGCUCCCGGGCCCGCUGCCGCUGCUGCUGCUGCUGCUGGCGCCGCCUCCGGGCAGCCCGCCGGGCGCCGCCGCCUACUUCCCCGAGGAGCGCUGGAGCCCGGAGUCGCCGCUGCAGGCGCCGCGCGUGGUCAUCGCGCUGCUGGCGCGGAACGCGGCCCACGCGCUGCCGUCCACGCUGGGCGCGAUCGAGCGGCUGCGCCACCCGCGGGAGCGCACGGCGCUGUGGGUGGCCACGGACCACAAUGCGGACAACACCACGGCCGUGCUGCGCGAGUGGCUGGUGGCCGUGCAGAGCCUGUACCAUUCCGUGGAGUGGCGGCCGGCGGAGGAACCCAGGUCCUACCCGGACGAGGAGGGCCCCAAACACUGGUCCGACUCGCGCUACGAGCAUGUCAUGAAGCUGCGGCAGGCGGCCCUGAAGUCGGCCCGGGACAUGUGGGCGGAUUAUCUGCUGUUCGUGGACGCCGAUAACCUGCUGCUCAACCCGGACACGCUGAGCCUGCUCAUGGCCGAGAACAAGACGGUGGUGGCGCCCAUGCUGGACUCCCGCGCCGCCUACUCCAACUUCUGGUGCGGGAUGACGGCGCAGGGCUACUACCGGCGCACGCCCGCCUACAUCCCCAUCCGCAAGCGCGAGCGCCGCGGCUGCUUCCCGGUGCCCAUGGUGCACUCCACCUUCCUGGUGGACCUGCGCAAGGCGGCGUCGCGGCAGCUGGCCUUCUACCCGCCGCACCCCGACUACACCUGGGCCUUCGACGACAUCAUCGUGUUCGCCUCCUCCUGCCGGCGGGCAGAGGUGCAGAUGUUCGUGUGCAACAAGGAGGUGUACGGCUUCCUGCCCGUGCCGCUGCGGGCCCACAGCACCCUGCAGGACGAGGCCGAGAGCUUCCUGCACGUGCACCUGGAGGUCAUGGUGAAGCACCCGCCACCCGAGCCCUCGCGAUACGUCUCCGUGCCCGCCAAGACCCCGGACAAGAUGGGCUUUGACGAGGUGUUCAUGAUCAACCUGAAGCGGCGGCGGGACCGGCGGGAGCGCAUGCUGCGGGCGCUGCGGGAGCAGGAGAUCGAAGUUCGGCUGCUGGAGGCGGUGGACGGCAAGGCCAUGAACGCCAGCCAGGUGGAGGCUCUGGGCAUCCAGAUGUUGCCCGGCUACAAGGACCCCUACCACGGCCGGCCCCUCACCAAGGGCGAGCUGGGCUGCUUCCUGAGCCACUACCGCAUCUGGACGGAGGUCGUGGAGCGGGGGCUGCAGAAGUCGCUGGUGUUCGAGGACGACCUGCGCUUCGAGAUCUUCUUCAAGAGGCGCCUCAUGAACCUCAUGCGCGACGUGGAGCGCGAGCGCCUGGACUGGGACCUCAUCUACGUGGGCCGGAAGCGGAUGCAGGUGGAGCAGCCCGAGAAGGCCGUGCCCCGCGUGAGGAACCUGGUGGAGGCCGACUACUCCUACUGGACCCUCGCCUACGUCAUCUCCCUGCAAGGCGCCCGCAAGCUGCUGGCCGCCCAGCCGCUCUCCAAGAUGCUGCCCGUGGACGAGUUCCUGCCCGUCAUGUUCGACAAGCACCCAGUGUCCGAGUACAAGGCCCACUUCUCGCGCCGCGACCUGCGCGCCUUCUCCGUGGAGCCGCUGCUCGUGUACCCCACGCACUACACGGGGGACGACGGCUACGUGAGCGACACGGAGACCUCGGUGGUGUGGAACGACGAGCGCGUGAAGACCGACUGGGACCGCGCCAAGUCCCAGAAGAUGCGGGAGCAGCAGGCGCUGAGCCGCGAGGCCAAGAACUCGGACGUGCUGCAGUCCCCGCUGGACAGCGCCGCCCGGGACGAGCUCUGAGGGCGCCGGCCGGGGCGUCCGCGUCCGCGUCUGCUGGGGCCACCUGCUGCCCCCCGGGGCGUCCGCUGGGGCCACCUGCUGUCCCCCGGGCCGGGCCACACACGGCUCUCCACGCAGUCACUUGCACGCAAGCAGCAUGAAUGGAGUGCCUACUGUGUACCAGGGAGGGACAGGGCUUGGCAUGGGGGGCUGGGCGGGGCCAAGCUGCAAUCAUUAGGCGCCUGUGUGUACCGGGACUCCAUGGAGGGGCGCAGCGCUGGCCCCGGGCCGAGCGCUUUGCUUGAAUGACCUCACGCCCCGGGUUUGCGAGUGGCUGCCCCGCUAGGCGCCCUGCCGGCCUCUGGGCGGUUACGUUCACUUCCUGAAGCCUUCGAGCACCCACGGCGCGCUCAGCACACUCGCGCAUGGGUUGAGCGCCUGCUGUGUGCCGGAUCUGAGCGAGGCGCUCGGGCUGGAGCACAGCAAGGUGCCUGUCGCGCACCCGCACUGCCGCGAGCCGCGGGGACACAGAGGCGGGAGCCAGUGUCCCCGGUGUCGGCACCUGCUCGCCGGGCCACACGCCCAGUGCUGGGUUGGGGAAAGGGGCGCGGUGGCUCCCCGGAUGUCCUGGGCUCCCCCUGUGUGCCAGGCUUCACGGGCCCCCCUCCCCUCCCGAGCUGAGCUGUGUGCCCUCCGAGGGUCCUUGUUCCACUGCAGGGGGCAGCCGCGGGCCCGCGCCAGAGGGGGCCCGGGGUGGGGCGGGAGGCCGGGUCUCCCUUGCCCCGCCCUGGUCUCAGGUGCGGCCCCUGCCUGCUUGGCGCGGUGCCUCCGUGCUGGCCUCUGCCGCGGCCGCGUGCUCGGGGGGCCCAGCCCGGAGCCGACGACCCGGCCUCCACCCGCUCCGGGAGACCUCGGUGUGCUGGGCAGACCUGGAUAACUUGCUUAUUUUUUUAUUAAAUGUUUCGGGUUGGUUUUAACCAAA